AUGUCACAAGACAAGAAGGUCGUCUUCAUCACGGGGGCUAACACGGGUCUUGGCCUUGAAAUAGUCAAGGCGUUGUAUAAAAGUACGCAACCAUACGAUAUCGUCGUUGGUAGUCGGCUUGUUAGCAAUGGUGAAGCUGCCGUUGCAGCUAUGCAACAAGAAAUCCCAUCUUCUUCUAGCAGCCUCAGCGUAGUCCAACUGGACCUUGCCUCGGAUGAGUCCAUUAAGAAAGCCGUCGAGAACAUUGAAUCAAAAUUCGGCCUGCUAGAUGUCUUGGUCAACAAUGGGGGCGCAGCCUUUGACGGAGCUCUCAGAGAUGGCCAGCUGAGCAUCCGGGAGGCGUGGAACAAGUCGUGGGAUACGAACGUCGCCGGCACUCAAGUACUCACGAGUGAAGCAAUUCCACUGCUGCUCAAGUCAAGCCAGCCACGACUGAUCUUCAUUACAAGCGGGACUUCUGCGUUGGCCUUUACCGAGAGAUUUGAUCACCCAGCGCUACAGCGCAUCAACGCCUCGCCAGCACCAGGUUGGCCAAAGCCAAAAGAAAUCAAUCCUAUCGAGUCAUACCGGAGCGCAAAGACUGGACUUAACAUGAUGAUGAGACAGUGGCACCGGAUUCUACUCAAUGAUGGAGUAAAGGUCUGGGCUAUAUCCCCGGGAUUUCUCGCAACUAACCUGGGGAACGUUGGGAUUGAACAGAUGAGGAAGAUGGGAGCGCGAGAUCCUUCAGAGGGUGGCAAUUUUGUUAAAGGUGUUAUUGAAGGGGAACAAGACUCGGAAGUCGGAAAAGUGGUGGGCGCUCAUGGUAUCCAAACUUGGUAA